UAUCUGAUCUCCCUCUCUUCGGCAGAUACUGACGCCUGCACUGUAACAUACUAGUGUUUUUAAACUUUAAGUGACUUUAAAUUAAGUUAUUAGGACAUUGCCCGUCAAAGGUUCAUAAAGAAAAGUAUCCAUUUUUCAUAACAUAAAAAUGGCUCAAUCAGUGCUAAGAAAAAUUGCCAUGAGCAACAUGUUAGUGAUGGUCGGUUUGACAAGACGAACCAGCUCUCGAAGUUUGACAACAGGUAAAAAGUUGGCUACAACCAAACCCAACAGUAUCUUACCACCAGAGAGGGAAGUCACGAAGUCAGUAUUUAUGUCUCAGUCUACAGACAUAUACACAAACCUGGCUUUAGAAGAUUGGAUGUACCGCAAUAUGGAUUUCAGUAACCACCAUGUGAUGAUGGUGUGGCGUAACGAGCCAUGUGUUGUCAUCGGUAGACAUCAGAAUCCGUGGCUUGAAGCUAAUGUUCCAUUUCUGAAUGAUAAAGAUAUACCUCUGGCUCGACGCCACAGUGGAGGUGGAACUGUCUACCAUGAUCGUGGAAACCUCAACAUCUCCUUUUUCACUCCAAGAGACAGACAUGACAGAAAAUAUAACUUAGAAAUCAUAAAGAGGGCACUCUACAGAGAUUUUGGAAUUAAGGCCCAUAUUAAUGAACGUCAUGACAUUCUUGUCAGAGACAAGUACAAGAUCUCUGGAACAGCUGCGAAACUGGGUCGUACAUCAGCAUAUCAUCAUUGCACACUUCUAGUCAAUGCUAACAAAGCAGAUCUCAGUAAGGCUCUAGCAAAGAGAGAGCAUGGCAUACAGACAAAGGCGACUGCGUCGACGCCUUCCCCCGUGGUCAAUUUGGUGGACGUGAACAAUAGAGUCACUGUGGACAGUCUACAAAUUGCUGUGGGUUACGAGUUCCUCAGAACUCCAGCACUUCAUUUGGAAGACGGCGGUGAAAACCAGAUCUCAAAACAAAGAGGAUUCCAGUUUAUAAAUCCAACUGAAGACUGGUUCCCAGGACUUUCAGAAUUGAAGCAUGAACUGCAAACAUGGGAAUGGUCAUUUGGCAGAACUCCAGAGUUCACCGUGAGCAGAUCUUUCCCUGUGCCGGAAGAUUUACUUACUCCUAGUAAGGUUUACUCGGCUACUCAAGAGCUAACUAUUACUAUGACGGUGGAGAAAGGCCUGAUCAAUGACGUCACACUGAAUAUACCGCCGGGUUUGGUUGAAUCUGGCUUCCACGGGGAAGCCUCUGUCAUUACACACCUUAAAGGCAAGAGGUUCACAUCAGAGGCCCUCACUGCCCUUCAGGAGGCGAUGCUUCGUCACUCCGAUGGUGAAGUCAGGAAAUUAGAUGACAAAGAGCAGUUUGUAGCUAAAUGUUUUGACCAAGUCGUGAACACUAUCUAGAUCCUAUUUGUUUAAUCACAUUUUCUUUUGUUGUAAGUAUUAUUAUUGUGAUUUUGUUAUUGUCCACUGGUUGUAAAUUUUAUCACUAAGGUUUAAAGGUUACAAGCGAUUAUAUAUAAAAAUAUAUUUUCAUAUUAUGAAUGUUAUGUAUAUUUUCAUGCUUUUGAUACUAUGCUUUUAGAUGCUACUAGUGUAUUUUUGCUACUUACAAAUUUCCUUUGUUUUUGGUUAGUUUAUUUUUUUUUUUUUAGUUUAGUGAUUAUUAAUUGAAGAGAUUCGUUAUGUAGUGUAAUGAUACUAGUAAAUAGUAUUGUUUAUGCAACAUAUUAGCGAGUCUCAGAAGCAUGCGAGUCGCACGUUGAACGUCGAACGCUACAAGAAUGCAUCAUAUCAUUUGUUUUAGUUAAAUUUUAAUUUCUCUACCCAAUAUAUGUACCCUUGUAAUGUUGUAAACGCAUAACGUAUACGUUGUAACUUUUUAAUUUUAGUUAUCGUUUGAAUCCAACAUUUCAUUUUUCAGUUUCCACUUUUUGUAUAACAUCUGCCCUAAACGGGUACUUUUUUAUAUGAAAUGGACAUAAGGCAAAGUAAGUUAAUUUAGGUUUUGUAUUAGCUUUAAUGUGUAUAAUUUGCAAUAAAAGUGAAUUUUAGUGUUAAUAAUGUUUAUAUAUAAAUGUAAUUGAAGUUUAAUUAAAUAAAUAUUUUAUUAUAAAAAAA